AUGGACAGAUCACAAUUAACAGUAACUUCUUUCAACCAUUUAAGACAAGAACACCUAUACUCUGUCAAGAAUAUCAUGGACAACAUUGAUAUAACAGAGUAUUUCAAAGAAUUUUAUAAUAAGGAUGUUAGUGACAUAGCUAACAAUAUAGAGUCAUUAUCUUUGAAAGAAGAUGACUCAUUUGAUGACUUUAAUAAAGCUGAAGUUUACAUACAUCGAUUUUCUGAUUCCAAAGGGUUCAAAAUAUGA